GAUGUUAAUAUGACAGCAGAGUCUGACCCAGCUCCUCUGUUCUGCAGGUUGUUCUCCGCUGUGCUGGUUCUGCUCUGGUCCGGUUCUCCUGUGAGCAGAGCUGGAUCAGAGCAGGACUCCAGACCGAACUUCGUCCUGAUGAUGCUUGAUGAUCUGGGCAUCGGAGACAUCGGCUGCUAUGGAAACCACACCAUCAGGACUCCAAACAUCGAUCGUCUGGCGGCGGAGGGAGUGAAGCUGACUCAGCAUCUGUCUGCGGCUCCGCUCUGUACUCCCAGCAGAAGCGCCUUCAUGACGGGACGCUACGCCCUGCGCUCCGGUCUGGGCAGCACAGGACGAGUUCAGGUGAUUCUGUUUCUCGCUGGAUCUGGAGGUCUUCCACCCAAUGAAACCACCUUCGCCAAACUCCUGCAGAAGCAGGGUUACACCACUGGCAUUGUGGGAAAGUGGCAUCUGGGAGUGAACUGUGAGAGCAGGAACGAUCACUGCCAUCAUCCCAACAAUCACGGCUUCGACUUCUUCUACGGUCUUCCCUUCACCCUCUUCAGCGACUGCAAGCCCGGAGCAGGUAAAGGUGUGCUGGUGGACAUGCAGGAGACGCUGUGGCUCAUGUUUAUGCUGCUAGCGCUGGCGUUCCUCACGCUGCUCCCGGUCCGAGUCGCCGGGCUGCUGCGGAUCCCAGGGACGCUCCUGCUGUUUCUGGCCGCUCUGUCUCUGCUGAGCUUCACUGUGUGGUUCGUGCCCUUCGAGCUCCUGCGGACCUGGAACUGCAUCAUCAUGAGGAACGGAGAGGUGCUGGAGCAGCCCAUGAAGCUGGAGACACUGAACGCCAGGCUGAUGAGAGAAGCCCAGGGAUUCGUGGAGAGACACAGAGACAAGCCUUUCCUGCUCUUCCUGUCGUUGGCUCAUGUGCACACGCCCCUCUUUGUGUCCGAGGACUUCGCUGGAAAGAGCAAACAUGGGCUGUAUGGGGACAAUGUAGAAGAAGCGGACUGGAUGAUCGGCAGAAUGAUGGACACCAUCCAAAGACUCAAUCUGUCGGAGAAAACCUUGAUGUACUUCACCUCUGACCACGGCGGCCACAUCGAAGAAGGUCCUAGAGGAGGCUGGAACGGGAUAUAUCGCGGUGGGAAGGCCAUGGGCGGCUGGGAGGGAGGGAUCCGGGUGCCGGGAAUAUUUCGCUGGCCCGGGCGUCUCAUCCCGGGACGAGAAGUGUCAGAACCAACCAGUCUGAUGGAUGUUUUUCCCACGGUGGUGAAGCUGGCAGGAGGAGCGCUGCCGGAGGACAGGAUUCUGGACGGUCACGAUCUGAUGCCUCUGCUGGAGAACAGAAGCAGUCGCUCAGAGCACGAGUUCAUGUUCCACUACUGCGGCAUGUACCUGAACGCUGUACGCUGGCACCCCACUAACAGUGACUCCAUCUUCAAGGUUCACUUCUUCACGCCGAACUUCUCUCCUGCGGGAGCCGUGGGCUGCUACGACAUCAACAUCUGUCUGUGUCACGGGGAGUUUGUGACGUAUCACAGUCCUCCGCUGGUGUUCGACCUCAGCAGAGAUCCGUCAGAGAGCCUUCCUCUCACACCAGACACCGAGCCGCUCUUCUCUGAGGUGCUGGAGCGGGUGGAGCGGGCCGUGACGGAGCACCGGAGGAGUCUGAGGCCGGUGGAGAAGCAGCUGAGCUGGGAGAAGGUGCUGUGGAAGCCCUGGCUGCAGCCCUGCUGUGGGACGUUCCCCUUCUGCUCCUGUCAGGAGAUCUCCAGCACACAGCACACUCACUAGACAACCAGACUCCUCUACUCUGAAUCACUGG